GUAUAUUGGGUUGGGGGAUUCAGAUGAUGACAUGCAAGUUUUCUACUAUUUUAUAAAGUCAGAGAAUGAUCCUAAGAAUGACCCUCUUUUGCUAUGGCUCACUGGUGGCCCUGGUUGUUCUUCAUUUUCCGGCCUCGUUUAUCAAAUAGGUCCAAUGAAAUUCAAAAUUGAGGAAUUUGAUGGGAGCUUGCCUAAGCUCAUCCCGAGGCCACAGUCAUGGACAAAGGUGGCUAACAUUAUUUUUGUGGAUUUGCCAAUGGGAACUGGAUUCUCUUACUCCAAAAAUGUCCUUCCCCAUCGAAGUGACUGGAAGUUUGUUCACCAAACCCAUCGAUUUAUUAGAAAGUGGCUUGCUGAAAACCCGGAAUUUCUUUCAAAUAAGUUCUACAUGGCAGCUGAUUCGUACUCCGGGAUAUAUACUAGGAAACCCACUAACAUCAGGAUUAGAAGAGAAUGAUCGGAUCCCAUAUGUUCACGGAAUGGGGCUUAUUUCUGAUGAACUCUACUGGUCCUUGAAAAAAACUUGUCUUGGCAACAUUAUAAAUGUGGAUUCUACAAACAAAUUGUGUCUAAAUGACUUGCAGUACUAUCAUGAGCUUCUUGAAAAUAUUGAGUUGUACAACAUUUUGGAGAUAUAUUGUGUUGAUGAGAAUAUCAAAGGAACAAGACGGAACCCCAGGAGAUCUCUGGCUCAGAAGAUAAAGGCACCUUUGAGUUCUCCGGUCACAGUGCCGGAUAUGCGCUGCCAAAUUUAUGGUUUCUUCCUUGGUACGGAAUGGAUAAAUGACCCUGCUGUCCGUAAGGCACUGCAUAUUCGCGAGGGAACUAUAGGGAAAUGGAACCGGUGCUAUAGUGACGAUUAUGUAUUUGACAUCCGUAGCAGCGUUCCGUUUCAUGCGAAUCUAAGUGCAAAAGGCUACCCUUCCUUGAUAUACAGUGGGGAUCACGAUGCAGUAGUUCCUUUCUCGUCGACUCAACGAUGGAUAAGGUCUCUAAAUUACUCCAUUGUAGAUGAUUGGAGGCCAUGGUAUUUAAAUGACCAAGUUGCAGGAUACACGAGGACUUACUCGAAUCAAAUGACAUUUGCAACUAUAAGAGGUGCAGGGCAUACAGCUCCAGAGAACAAGCCGGACGAAGGUUUUGCCAUGUUCGUUAGGUGGAUAUCUAAUAAGCCUCUUUAGCUUAGCCACACAGAUGCAAGAAAUCUUGGUUACACAUUGAAUUCUGAUUAGUCAUUAGUCAAAUAUUAGUCUGAGAUAGGUUUGAAUUGGUCUACAAAUUGUUUUUAAGUUUAUCAAUUGCGAAUUUGCGAAAAACAUUUCGUGGACUAAGUAAGCCACGGCCAUUUAUUCGAAGAUCUAAAAUUUUGUUCCUUGCUCUACGUAUUCUUUGGAGAAAAUCCUUAUAGUGGUCCUGUGAUUCAUUUCGUUAUUCGAUUUGGUUCUUUAGAUUUUAAUUUUAUUAUAGUGGUAUUUUAGAUUGAACUUCGGACUAUGAUAGUCCUUGGAUUCCUUUGGGAUGAGUCAGCAAUUGCAGUGACGACAUAGCAGUCCA